ACUCUACGGUCACGUGACGCAAGAGCGGGCGCACAUGGUGAGCUGUCGUGUUUCGUGGUGAGCUGAUGAAUUCUUGUUAAAUCUACUAAAACAGACUUUAAGUUCGUACAGUACCAGUGUAUCGUUUAUUAUUUCGGUGCUCCCGUGCCACAAUGAAGCAAAAAUCAGUUGUAAUUCGGGCGAAAUCUGACUGGAAGGCCGUCGACGUCGACUCGUCCACCUUCGAUGGGCCCGAGUGGGAAGGUUUUUCGGGCUUGGAAGAACUCUCCAGCUAUGACAUCGUGCGACAGGGGGAACCGCAGGCCUCUGCCAAGCGUGCGGGUGGCGCAGAGCAAACAGUGACCAAGAAAAAGAAAAAACGAAAAGCAGACAAACAAAAACGCAGUGAGCCCAAGACCGCCGCCGAUCACCAAAGCAAUGACGAGAUUCCGGUUCAAGAACAGGACGAGAAGGACAUGUCGGCGUGGCUCAACUGUUACGUGCCGGAACCCGUGUUGAAGGCGCUGGCGGAACUCAACUUCACGCAGCCGACCCCGAUCCAGGCGCAGACGCUGCCAUCCGCGAUCCGCGACCACAUGGACGUGAUGGGUGCAGCCGAGACUGGGAGCGGCAAGACCUUAGCCUUCGGCAUCCCAAUCCUCCAUCAUAUCGCGGAGCAGAAGGCCCGCAUCGGUGACGGCCCAAUGUCCCUCCAGGCGCUCGUGCUGACGCCGACCCGAGAGCUGGCCAUCCAGGUCAAGCAACAUCUGCAAUCCGCCGCCAAGUACACGGGCAUCGGCGUCGUCAACGUCAUCGGCGGGCUGUCCGCAGACAAGCAGCUGCGGCUGCUCAAGCGCCGGCCCGAGAUAGUUGUGGCCACCCCCGGCCGCCUGUGGGAGCUGGUCGACCAGAACACCCCGCACCUGUCCGACGUGAGUAACGUGCGCUACCUGGUGAUCGACGAGGCGGACCGGAUGGUCGAGAAGGGACACUUUGAAGACCUCACCCGACUCCUGGCCCUCAUGAACGCCGACAGGGUGGACGGUGCCAAGCGCCGCCAGAACUUCGUCUUCUCCGCCACCCUGACCAUGGUUCAUGACCUACCGCAGCGACUGAAGCACAAGGCGAGGAAGCGCAAGCUUUCCGAGAAGGACAAGCUCGAGCAGUUGAUGCGCAUCAUCGGGGUCAGCGCCAAGCCCAAGGUGGUAGACCUGACCCGCAAGCUCGGCACUGCGGAGUCUCUGCGGGAGUCUCGUAUCGUCUGCUCCUCGAUAGAAGACAAGGACAGCCGGCUGUACUACUUCCUGCUGGCCCACCCUGGCAGAACACUAGUCUUCUGCAACAGUAUUGACAGCGUCCGUCGGCUUGUGUCUGUUCUUGAUUUGCUUCAGUGCAGUCCGCUUCCGCUACACGCACAGAUGCAGCAGAGACAACGGCUCAAGAACCUCGACCGUUUCCGCAGCAGUCCGACGGGACUCUUACUGGCGACGGACGUUGCUGCAAGAGGUCUGGACAUCGAGGGCAUAGAGCACGUCAUUCACUUCCAAGUGCCGCGGACCGCGGAGGUCUACGUGCACCGCAGCGGUCGGACAGCACGUGCCGCCAGCGACGGACUCAGCGUGAUGCUCAUGGAGCCACGGGAGCUGCCGGUAUACCGCAAGAUCUGCAGGACCCUCGGCAGGGAAGAGGACCUCCCAGACUUUCCGGUGGACUCGGAUGUCCUCAAGGCUGUCCUGGACCGUGUGAGCCUCGCGAGGAGGUUUGAGGCCGAGAGUCACAAGGUAAAGCGGCAGACCUACGAGAACAGCUGGCUGCAGCGUGCUGCGAGAGAGAUGGACAUCGACUUGGACAAAAGGAUGCUCGCGGACACAGACGAGAAGAAGACUGCCGACCAGAAGAGGAGGCUGAGGGCCAUGCAGGCACAGCUUACGCAGGCUCUCAGGAGGCCCAUUUUUCCGGCUGGGUUCUCUGGCAGGUACCUGACAAAGCAGGGAGAGUUACUUCUACCCAAACUAAGCGAAGAACGCAAGGCACUGAAGGCCAUCGACAAGAAAGGUCUGCUGAAGAAGCGCCGGAUUGCCAGGCUGCCGUUAGAUAAAGCAGUAUCCAAGCCCCUGUCAUUGGCUAGGCCAAAGGUUAAAGGAAAGCUUGGCUCCAAGAAAAAGAAGGACCGCUCAGUUCGUAAGAACAAGAAGUAGUCGUUGCCGUGCCAGUGACCGGUUUGAUUGUGACUGCGUAAUGCAGCACGCCACACCUGGCAUGCCUCAUUCUGUUUUUUCUUUGUGUGGAUCCUGGAGCUUGAGAUCAUUUAAAGGAAAACACUGCAGUUUCAUCUGCACCUGGCACGUGCUAGUCGCAUGUAAUCGGAGCAUCUGCACUAGGCCUGCUCUUGGCAGUUUUCAGCAUCUUGUGUGCGUGUCAUUUAGUACCAGGUUCAUUCCCUUCGGUGUUCUAUGUUCAGCUGAACCGUUGGUGUGCCCAAGUAAAUCCGAGGCAGCAACGCACGAUUUUCGUUGCCUUGGGGGGCCAUACCUUCGACAUGUGUAUAGACUUCAACUUGGGUGUUUCUGGAGCCUGCACACUCGCUUGCCAUUAUUUUAUAUGCAGUGAUGGUUGAUGUGUCAUUUGCACCAUGAACGAGUCUGCUGCAUCUUGCGACAAAGCUCCAUUUUUGCUAAAAAAAUUGUGCCGCACCUGCGCCAACGUAAACUUAAAGCAAAAAUAAAAAUAUUUUAUUAUUGGU